AUGGUGGCUCACACAAGCACCUUCUUCCUGGGCGGCGACGACCCAUACAUCUCCGACCACGGGGAGGAGGCACUGGAGUACUUUCCAGUACUAGUCGAUGAAGACGAAGAUGACUAUAAAGCUCUACCGCCCGCUGCCAGACUGCUGGUGCUGGAAUUGGCGGUGCUGAGGGCGCUGCCGGCGAUGGAGCUGGCGCUGGAGGCGUAUCGGAGGGCGUGGUGGUGGAUUCGCGUGCAUUGUCGUAGGUGGAGAGCUUAG